GUGCGCAUGCGCGAGCGGAACCCACUCUCCUCCCUCCUCUUGUUUCACUUUGCUGUCGCUAUCUUCCGAGUUCCUCCGCGCCGCCACCGAUAACGUUCAGCUCCAAGCCUCGGCACAGAUACACGCAAAACUCAAAUGGCCCGGGGAGGUCUGCUGGCCCACCUGAUCACAGAGAGAUUCUCGGCCUCGCCGUGUCCUACUGCGCAGGCGCUAAAGCGCGUACGUCACCCCAGGAGUAGUCCCUUCUUUUCGGCUUCCCCCCCCCAGCAGGCGCGGGAGAUCAAGGGGACGAAAGAGAGGUGGCCUGCGCACGCGCGCCGGGCGCUCUCCCUUUGGUGGCCAUCUGGGGCAAGAGGGUGGCAGCGACAGCAGGACGGGCAGCAGGAUAGCGCGCGCUCGCACCGGCCCCACUUGGCUUCUCACUCUCGGUUGGGCCAGGCACGGCGCGCGCAGCCGCCGUCUCCUCCUCCUCCUCUCCGCCCUCCCUUUUCCCGUCUCUUCCUUCUGUCAGCGGGAGGUCGUCGCCUCCCCCUCGCUCUGUGCGCUCACUGGGCCUCCCCGAUCGCCUCAAUCACCGCUGCCGCCUCCGCCGCCGCCGCUGCUUCUUCUUCUUCUUCUUCCCCCUUUUCUUCCAAUUUCUCCACCGUCUCGUCUUCCCGUGGCGCUGCUGCUGCUGCGAUGCCGGAAAAGCGGCCCUUCGAGCGGCUCCCGACCGAAGUGCGCCCCAUCAAUUAUGGGCUGUGUCUCAAGCCCGACCUUAUCGACUUCACCUUCGAGGGAAAACUCGAGGCCGCCGUAGAGGUGAAACAGGCGACCAAUCAGAUAGUGAUGAAUUGUGCUGACAUUGAUAUUAUUACAGCUUCAUAUGCACCAGAAGGAGAUGAAGAAAUUCAUGCCACAGGGUUCAACUAUCAGAAUGAAGAUGAGAAAGUUACUCUUUCUUUUCCCAGCACGCUUCAGAAAGGGAUGGGAACAUUAAAGAUAGAUUUUGUUGGAGAAUUGAAUGACAAAAUGAAAGGAUUCUAUCGAAGUAAAUAUAUCACCCCUUCUGGAGAUACUCGGUUUGCUGCUGUUACCCAAUUUGAGGCUACUGAUGCUCGCAGGGCCUUUCCUUGUUGGGAUGAGCCAGCUAUCAAGGCAACUUUUGAUAUUUCAUUGGUGGUUCCCAAAGACAGAGUAGCUCUGUCAAAUAUGAAUAUUACUGAUCGGAUGCCCUAUCCUGAUGAUGAAAAUUUGGUAGAAGUGAAAUUUGCUCGUACUCCUGUGAUGUCAACAUAUCUUGUUGCUUUUGUGGUCGGAGAAUAUGACUUUGUUGAGACCAGGAUCACUGAUGGUAUAUUAAUCCGUGUUUACACUCCUGUUGGCAAAGCAGAACAAGGGAAGUUUGCAUUAGAGGUUGCUGCUAAAACUUUGCCUUUUUAUAAGGACUACUUCAAUGUUCCUUACCCUCUCCCUAAAAUUGAUCUUAUAGCUAUUGCAGACUUUGCAGCAGGUGCCAUGGAGAACUGGGGCCUUGUUACUUAUAGGGAAACUGCACUGCUGAUUGAUCCCAAAAACUCUUGUUCUUCCUCUCGCCAGUGGGUAGCCCUUGUUGUGGGUCAUGAACUUGCUCACCAGUGGUUUGGAAACCUCGUGACUAUGGAAUGGUGGACUCACCUGUGGCUCAAUGAAGGCUUUGCAUCCUGGAUUGAAUACCUUUGUGUAGACCAUUGCUUUCCAGAAUAUGAUAUUUGGACUCAGUUUGUAUCUGCUGAUUACACAAGAGCUCAGGAGCUUGAUGCAUUAGACAACAGUCAUCCUAUUGAAGUCAAUGUAGGCCAUCCAUCUGAAGUGGAUGAAAUAUUUGAUGCAAUUUCUUACAGCAAGGGAGCAUCAGUAAUUCGAAUGCUACAUGAUUAUAUAGGGGAUGAGGAUUUCCGGAAAGGAAUGCACCUGUAUCUUACUAAGUUUCAGCAUAAGAAUGCUUCUACAGAAGAUCUUUGGGAAAGCCUGGAAGAUGCUAGUGGUAAACCUAUUGCUGCUGUGAUGAAUACAUGGACCAAGCAAAUGGGUUUUCCACUGGUUUACAUAGAAGGGGAGCAGCAAGAAGAUAACAAAGUGCUGAAGGUAGUCCAGAAGAAAUUCUGUGCCAGCGGACCAUAUAGUGGGGAAGAUUGCCCUUUGUGGAUGAUUCCUAUUACCAUUUGUACAAGUGAUGACCCAACCCAUGCCAAAAUGCAAGUAUUAAUGGACAAACCUGAGUUAACUUUAGUUUUGAAAGAUGUGAAGCCAGAACAGUGGAUUAAGCUAAAUCUGGGAACAGUGGGAUUUUAUCGGACACAGUACAGUCCUGACAUGCUGGAGGGUUUACUUCCAGCUAUCCGUGAUCUCUCCUUACUCCCUGUGGACAGGCUAGGGCUACAGAAUGAUCUCUUUUCCUUGGCCAGAGCUGGAAUUAUUAGCACUGUAGAGGUUCUAAAAGUCAUGGAAGCUUUUGUGAAUGAGCCCAACUAUACUGUGUGGAGCGACCUAAGCUGUAACCUGGGGAUUCUCUCAACUCUCUUGUCCCACACAGACUUCUAUGAAGAGAUUCAGGCAUUCAUCCGUGAUAUCUUUUCACCAAUAGGAGAAAAACUGGGCUGGGACCCCAGACCUGGUGAGGGUCAUCUAGAUGCACUUCUGAGAGGCUUAGUUUUGGGCAAGCUUGGAAAAGCUGGACAUAAGGCAACAUUGGAAGAAGCUCGGCGACGGUUCAAAGAUCACGUGGAAGGGAAGCAUAUCCUGUCUGCUGAUCUAAGGAGUUCUGUAUAUGUAACUGUUUUGAAACAUGGUGACAGUAUAACUUUAGAUACUAUGCUAAAGCUCCACAAGCAAGCUGAUAUGCAGGAAGAGAAGAACAGAAUAGAACGUGUACUUGGUGCAAUAUCUCAGCCAGAAUUAAUACAGAAAGUUCUUACUUUUGCACUUUCAGAAGAGGUACGUCCCCAAGACACAGUAUCGGUCAUCGGUGGAGUUGCAGGAGGCAGCAAGCAGGGCAGAAAGGCUGCCUGGAAGUUCGUCAGAGACAAUUGGGAGGAACUAUACAAUCGCUACCAGGGCGGGUUCUUAAUAUCCAGGCUAAUAAAGCUAUCAGUGGAUGGAUUUGCAAUUGACAAAAUGGCUUCAGAAGUUAAGGCUUUUUUUGAGAGUCAUCCAGCUCCAUCAGCUGAGCGUACCAUACAGCAGUGCUGUGAAAACAUCCUGUUGAACGCUGCAUGGCUGAAGCGUGAUGCUGAAAAUGUUCAUCAGUACCUCCUGCAACGCAAAGCCUCACCAACUGCUGUGUGAGCCCAAUCUCAUCCACCUCGGACAUCCCAGCUGUUGCGGCCCAACUGCCUCAGCGUGAGGAGGAAAAGCUGCUAUUCAACAGUUGAAUAAUGCGCCAAGGAAAUUGGAGUUUUUUCUCACACCAGUGGGGACUGGACAUUGAAUGUAGUUUAACGGUUCCUGCUCAACUCCAGAACUAAAUUCUAAUAAAAAGAUUUUAUCAAAAUUUUAGCAACAAAAAAACAAACAAACCACCCUGUAAAUAUUAUAGUAAUAAAAUAGAGCAUAACAAAACUGUGAAACGUCCUUAAGGCUUGUCAGUGGUCAAAAUAUUUAAUACACUCUCCCCUUUUACUUUCUGAUUAUUUUUUAACCAUUCCUUUUCCUUUUUUUUCUUAAAAAACAAAACAAAAGAAAAAAGAAACCAGAGGUUUCUUGGCAAGUUGAAUGUUAUAGCAAGUGGAGGGCAAGAGUGGGUUUCGCCUCCAAGCGCACCUGAAAACACACUGAAAGGCAGCAAAAGCACUUACAAGUUGUGUGGAAUGGUCUAAUUAUGAAAGACAGCUUGGUAUAACUUUUAAGUGUAGUCCUUAGCUGAAGGUUCUAGGAAACAACAUAUGAUCUUGGUUCAGAUUUCGAAAGCUUGUGAGGCUCCCUUGUUUCAUCUUUUGAGAAGGGGAAAAUUAAAUAUCCUGUGUCUGUCUUUUCUCCCUUCCUCCUUUUUUGUUUCAUUUGCUAAUAUUCGCAAAAAUUGCAAGCUUGUAUAGAAAUACGUUUCUCAGCCACAUUAAAAUGAAAUUAUCCUCCCAUUCCCUUUUGUGUUUAUACUUUAUUCCUGCAUGCAGAUAAGAUUUAGUAUUGUAAUUGGAUCUUUUUGGGCCACUGUAAAGUCUCACUUCACUGAAUGCAUAACCCAGUAGUUUCAAAAAGGUGUUCUGUUUCAAAAACAAAACAUUGCCUUAACCCCUUGUGAUUGCAGCUUUCCAUUCCACUUUAUUUGGUAAUGUUUGGUAAUUUGAUUCAGAACCUUAAACUUAUACUAGUUGGCAUGAUGAUAAAAAUCUAAGCUUUCUGCCAUCAGUUGCUUAAGAGAGUAGUAUGUUCCUGCUUACCAAUUUCAUAUCCAACAUCACUCCUCCCUCAAAUGUUUACAGUUCCCUUUUUUAAAAUACCUUUUUUAACAUUCAUACUUGGCGUGGCUUUAAUUGUUAAUUGGAGAAGGUCAUCAGACACUAGAUGUCAAAUUGCUUCCCUGGAAACACAUUUUGUGCUAUUGUUUUAAAUGAAAAACAAAAGAAAAAAAUUACAACAAGUUGGCGUUAAUAAAAAGGAAAGUCAAUGUGAAAUUAAAGAGUCUUGAUUUUGGUGUGUGUAUAUUGGCAAAAUAAGAUUUUUACAUGCCUUGUAUGCAUGACCAUGGCUGUGAAACAGUUGAAAUGGACUGUGGUAGAUGAAUUUCCCUCUUUAUUUUAAUUUCAACUGCAUUUUGAUAUGUUUUUCUUCAAAUUUGGAAAUAGACCUGAGCUUAGUUCAGGACAGUGUACUCAGCAUUAGCAUAUUUGACUUGCUGGGCCAUUUCCUACACAGGCCCAUUACAAUUGUAGUGCUUUUGUACAGCUUACAUCCACUGCAGUGCAACUUGAUACUAUAAAAAUCCAAAAUUUAUUAUUCUCUGCCCUUUUUUAAUUGGGUGGGGGUAGGGGGAAGAUCCUUGUGAAUUUAUUUUAUGCAAUUCAUGUUCAGGGGAGCUUAUAUAUGAGAGAUAUUUAGGUUGGAUUCAGACCUAAACUUUAAUUAUAUUUAGAUCUUACUGAAAUAAAUGGUACCUAAGUUAAACGGUGGCUGUCAUGUGCCAUUGGUUUUGGUGGGACAUAAAUCAACUAAGUAUGAUAAUAGCCCUUUAACCCCACCCCACCCCCAAAUAUGUAUCUAAUACAAAAAUGUGGCUGAAAAAAAUCUAAGUUUAGACCAGCAUCUUCCAGGUCAGUAGAUCUAUCUAUCUAUCUAUUCUGGCUCACCAACACAGUAAUUGCUGAGAGUUUUGCAGUCAUUCUACAGGAAAUGAAUCUCAGUUUCUGCUGCUGUUCAGUGCGGUAUACAAUUAUACUGUAGUAUUAUGAAAUCCCUAAUCUUUUUACGAUAGAGCAUGUACACAUUUUUGGUUAAUAUGAUCUCUACAGAUUGAUGUUUUUACUUUUGCUGUAUUGAAGAUGAUAUCCUUAAUAUCUCUGGUUCAACACACACAUAAACAAGCAAAGCAUGAUUAAGAAAGUUGCUAUUUAGCUGCUUAAUUUUGCCAAGACUUAAGGGAUUGAGAAAAAGGUUAAGUUUAUGUUGAAGUACAGGGAUUUCUUGAGAAGACAUAAUUUCUAUGAUUUCUCAGUGAUAGGACAUUGUUACUUCGAAAUAUGGCAACAGCCUAGUGUGGAUAUGGCAGAAAACUCUAAAUUUUUCUUCUCCUGUUCAGCUGCUAUUUUUCACAUAGUUCUGAAACACGUGCAUUCUAAGUUAACUACUUUGUUAAGGCUGCUGCUCUAAACUGUUUGUACCAUACUGAAGUAUAACAUGGUAAAAAUAGGCCAGGCACUGUUUGUGCUUGGAUCCUAAGAACUGAAAAGUGAAAGUAAAUGGUGUAUAAAUCUCAUGUAAAAUAAUUAACAGGCCUAGAAAAAUAAGGGUGGGGGGAGGAAACUUCAACCCUGAUAAAAUUAAAAUGUAACAGAAAUAUAGGCUAUAUUUGCUGAUGUCUUUAUUUAAGUGUCUACUAUUACCCUUAACCUCCCUUCAAAAAAAAAAUCCAUAUAUAUAUAUAUUUUAGUCACCAGAUAUUUGCCUGCCCUUAACAAUUAGCUGAGCAUCAUUCUUGGUGGAGGGUUGAUCAGGAGACUUAGCUGCAAACAUUUGUUCCCAUGUGUUUAUUGGAUAGCCUUCCUAGUUUUAUCGAAUAGAUAAAUGCUUAGAUACAUAAUCCCUAAAUUCCACUACUUUCCUUCUUUAAUCUAUGGUUUCCAGUACUUUAUUGUUUUCAUGGUCUUCAUAAAUCAUAUGAAGGUCUUGUCUUCUCUGCUUCUCUUUCUGGGUUUUUCUUCCUCCCUGAUAAUCUCUUCUAGAAGACCAAAUGAAAGAUUAUGUGGUACUUUUUCUUUUGCAAAGAAAAUGCUAGACAUAUUUUUAACUUGACCUGUUAAGUUCAAGUUAAACUUAAAUAUCACAUUAUUUAGGUAUUGGGGGUUUUUUUUGGUUUUUUUAAAAAUAUGCAAAUCAACAACCCUGCUCAGUAAAGAACUAUUUUAGAAAAUAGCUAAAAGAUGUGAUGUGGACAUAAAGCAUAAUGAUUGCCUAGGGUUUGGAUUUUUGAGAUUGCUGUAUUUCUAAUUUUAAAAAGAAUGCAGAAUUCUGAAAUAUAUGUUGUGCACAGAUACUUUAAUUUAUUAUUCAAAUUUCUAUUUUACUUUGCAUAGAAUCUUACAUAAUCUCCCUAUAAAUUUACUCUUUCAUCCUUAUCCAGCCUUAUACUGAUGCUGCAGAGGUCCUGUUGUCCAGAAAUGAGAUUGAAUAUAACAUGCAGAUAUAUUACUCUUUUAUUUAUGAAAGGAAAACAUGGUUUCCAAGGGGUUGCUUUAGACCACCUGGUCUAAAGAAUUCCUGAGCAUAAAUUGUACCAUUUGGCAGAAGGCAAAAUAAUUGGGAUCCAAACUCUAAUCUAAAUAUUCUUAAAUUUUAUUACUCACAUUAAUCCAAUGCACCACUCAAAAGAAUAACCAAGGAACUUUACUGUACUAAUUUUCCUAAUAUCUAUAGCUGAUAAAAAAGCCAGGAUAUAUCGGGACAUGAUUGUUUUACAGGGCAGCGUUUUAUUACCCUUGUCAAAAUUAUAUAAAAUUGUACUUUGUAUAGAAAUUGUAUAAAAGUAACUGUACUUUGAACAAAAAUAGCAAAUACACCAUCCAUGAUUUGGAAAUAAUGAAGAACUCUGCAGCUUGCUUAUCUUUCAGUGGAUAACAACUUUUGCAGAACAGUGUUAUAAAUCUCAGCCUAUUCUAAGUAUAACAAGUGGUUAGGGACUGUUUUGUUUUUUUUCAGAUCAACCAAGUGUUGAUC